UUGUUCAUCUUUAAAUACAUUUUAAAUAGGCGGAAACAUAUUUUAAGUUCUCUGUUAGGAGCCUUCAGUGAGGUGAAGAGCGCGGCUAGGAAAUAACGUCGACGUAAAAAAUCGACUAUAAAAAAUGCCGCUGCAUUAUUUAUUUAUUUUUACACUUUUGGUGACGGAUAUUUCGUGUAGAGGAUUCAAAGUAGAGAACAGACAAAGGCAGUUAUUCCUCAGUCGUAAUGUGGUGACAGACUCAGGGCAGUUCGACGGAGGAGUGUUGGUGGACGAGAAUGGAAAAAUUGCGGGAGUUUACACGCGGGAGUCGAUCAUUGAUCUGCUUUCAGAGGACGAAGGUUCACUUGAGGUAAUAGAUGGCGGUAAAUGGGCUCUCAUGGCGGGUGGAGUGGACUCGCACGUCCAUGUGAAUGAGCCCGGCAGAACCACGUGGGAGGGCUAUGUGACGGCCACCAGGGCGGCAGCUGCGGGGGGCUUCACCACUAUCGUUGACAUGCCUUUGAACUCUAUUCCCCCGACUACGACAAUUGAAAAUUUCAAAAUAAAGACUUCUGCUGCAAAAGAAGAAGCUUACGUAGAUGUGGCGUUCUGGGGAGGCAUCGUGCCUGGUAAUGAGGUGGAACUUCAAAAUCUGGUCAAAGCCGGCGUGGUUGGUUUCAAAGGAUUUCUAAUAGACAGCGGAGUCGCUGAAUUUCCUAACGUCGACACUGAUGACUUAGAAAAGAUCUUCACAACAUUGAAUGGAACGAACGUUGUAUUGGCUUUCCACGCUGAAUAUCCAAUUAGUAAAGCUAAAGAUGAUGGCCAAUGCGAAGGAUGUGACCCACAUGUGUACGACACCUACCUUGCAUCACGGCCACCGGAAAUGGAGCUUGAAGCUGUAUCAUUAUUAGCGAAAUACAUACCUAGAUAUGACGUACACGUGCACGUAGUCCAUGUGUCGGCGGCGGAUGUGGUGCCGAUACUGGAGCAAGCCAGGGAGCAGAGGAUAAUGGGCGGCUCCACGCGCUGGCGCGGCGGGGUCACUGCCGAGACUUGCCACCACUACCUUACUCUGAGUUCCGAACAGAUCCCGCCCGGACACUCGGAGUACAAAUGCUCACCACCUAUUAGGAAUGUUACCAACAAG